UCCACUUGAUUCCCGUUCAAUGAAAUCCGAGUGUACUUCUCGUAUUAAAGCGGUCUCCCAGUCAGCCCGAUGUGUAGUUUACGCGUUAGUGCCUUAACGGCGAGAGGUCAAGUGCGAGCCUGGUGACGAUGAAUCCGUUAUACGCGGUCGCCGUUUUAUUGUUCGCUCCGAGCAUCCCGGACGCAUUCGGUGAGAAUUGCGACAAACUAGGCACGUUGAUCUACGAAGAUAUCGGGUGCCGGCCGGGUUACGACGUCACCAAGCCGAAUUAUACGAAGCUGUGUCCCGUCAAAUACGACUGCCUGGGUUUGAAGAAAUCACCGGGAAACUGUUUCCUCCGGGGUAAGGCGUACGCCGUCGGAGACCACGUAGAAUCGCGUCUGACCACUCCUACUUGCGACUUGGGAUGCUCGUGCAGUAACGAGAAAGAUAAAGCAAAGUUCAAGUGCGCUGCAGUAGACUGUCCAGAGUGGUCCGUCGACUAUCCGUCCGCCGGCUGUUACAGGAAAUACACUUUGGACGACUGCUGUUCCGUCCGCGAAAUGUGCUCGCCGUACGAUAACUCGACGACCUGCGUCUACGAGGGCAGGUUGUACAAAGAGGGCGAGAGUUUUCUGCCGCGCGGCACUUGCUGGCGGUGUGUGUGCCAGGCGGGUUUUAGGGGUAAAUUGGAGAAGCCGUUUUGUCGGAGACGAACCUGCAACGUGCAGAUCAAGAGCCAGGACAAGCUGCAGGAGAGGUGCGCGCCCGUGUAUUACAAGAGCAAGUACAGGAACGACGACCCGCUGUGCUGUCCGGCGACGUGGAUCUGCAGUGACGGCGACGAAAAAAUUAUCGGACGCCCGGUAUCGGAGAGAAAAUGCGUCUUCGGACAGCGAACGGUGGGGGCGGGCCAAACCCUCGGGAAGACCGUGAGGGCUUCGCGGGGCUUCUUGAACGUCACGUGCGAGUGCAGGAUCCCGCCCCUGCUCACCUGCCUCACCCACGUGGUCUGACGCGAGACGUCGCCCCGGAUUUAUUUAUUUAUUUAUUUUAUUUAUUCGCCUUGCUGCAGGUACCAAUAAUACACGGAUGAAACGAAAUGGUCUUUUUAAAUAAUUGCGCUCGAAUCGCUUAAUAUGCUAUACAGGGUUUUUCCUAAUCGAAUGAGACUGCCUUAUGUUUUCAUCAUGCAUUUUUCCUAUUAUUUGCUGACGAUGAAUUCUAUGUGAGAGUCCAAAAUGCUGAUGACUGUAUAAAGCUCCAAUCCGAUUUAGGCCACGUAUCGCUAUGGCGCGAUUUUAAUAGGAUGGAAAUUAUGAACUUCAACCGGAGCAUAAUACUUAUAACAUAAAAGGGUCACCGUUAGUGCAGGAUCACUUCAGAUUUUGGGCUUUUCUAAGCGUUGUAGAGUGGACUUCCAGAGUAUUCCGUCUACUUACAGGCCAUAGAAAGAGUGCAGCAUUUGUUUUACGAAUGCAGUCGAAACUCUAUAUAGCGAAAUUGAUGGGACUACCUUUUUUUUUCGUUCAUUUCCUUUUGAAUUUUUUUAGUAUGCCAAUACGCAUCUCGUACUUUGGCUUGAAUUUUCAACAUUUCUUCUAGAGGGGCAUUUUCCGCAUGAUGCAAAAAGAGUUCUCUAGCAGCGCCAAAAAGUGAGGUUAUGGGGUCCCUGGAAGUCCCUUUAUCCAUCUACUUAACUGAAUGGUUGUUGGUGGUCCCAGAUCAACUUCUUCAUCUUCUUCUUCCUCUUGGUGCGGCCUAUCACACCGUUUGAACCAAUUAGCCAUAUUUUGUACGACUUUUGAUUUGCGGCUAAUAAUUUACUUUGUAAAAAAACCAUUUUCUAAUUCUUUUAGAUUUUUGCCUAUAAUUUGAAAACCCUGUAUAUAAUCGAAAAAAUCCCGAAAUAAAUGUUAUUGCACUGGAUCUUCUGCGGCUGCCGGUUAAAGAAUUUUGCCGAUCGGAUAAACGAUUAUGGACGAAAACAUUUUUCUGGAAGCUAAAAUUAAUUAAAUUAAAAUUAAAAAUUUCAUCGAUUUUCGAAUGUAACGAGAGUAGAUGCAAACAGAACUCUACAAAUGAUAACAAUUGAAAUGAAUAUAUUAAGAACUAUACGGAGUAAAACUUUGUAUGACAGAAUACGGAAUGAGGACAUCAGACAGCACCGCGGAAUAUAAGACAUAGGAAGGUGGGUGAGGCAAAGACAAAGAUUUUGGAACAAACACAUAAAAAGAAUGGAAGAUGGCGAACUCGAACGCAAAAAUGAACAACCCAGUGGGGAAAAGAUCUCAAGCAAGACCGCCAAAACGAUGGCGAGGAUGCGGGACCUCGUCUUCCGCGGAAUACUUGUUGUCAAUGAAUAGGCAGAACAGACAAGAACCGCUUGGUUCCAAUAAUUUUGGUUAUAUUAACGUGUUAGUACGUGUCAUACAGGGUUCUUUAGACCAUUUGUAUUAGUUUAGCGACCAAGUAAUAGAUGGCGCUUCCCAUGAAGUGACGUUCCCCCCC